CCUGAGAGCCAGGCGGGAAUGCAGCAGUCGGAUUGAAUGGGUUUUGUUUACGUUGAGAUAGAACGUUCAGUGGACUGUUUGCCCGAGUGUACUGAGACUCUAUGAUCCUGGAAGAAAAGGGGGGGUUUGUUUAGUAGAGUUGUUUGUGGUCCUCAGGAGCCAUGAAGCUGCAGUGUGAGGUGGAGGUGAUUAACAGGAUGCUGCCCACUUUCGGUGUGAGGAACCGGGGCAAAGGCACCAGGGCUGUCCUGUCCAUUGGAAAACAGGAGGACAAAGGCUCAGGGCAGAAAGCUUCCAUCUACCUGAUGAUCUGCACCCUGAAGGACAAGGCUGGCUCCAGAUACAAGGCAAGGAAGCCUUAACCACCCUGUCCCCAAAAAGCCAGAAGCCCACCUGUUAUAAAACUGCAGGGCUUGUGAGAGUUUGCCAAACUUGAUAAAACUGGCAAAUUGUCAAGGAACGUGUAGUCAUCGAAAUGGGCCCUAUGAUUGAAAGUAAUGUGGUCAGAACGGUGUCUAAUAACAAUACUGUAAUAGUAAUUUAACAGUGGUUAGUUAAUCAGUACGUGGUGUUAAUAUAAGAUUUAUUACUACAUUUGGCACUAAAAAGAUGAAAGUAUUAGGGUGCUUCUGCCAGAGAAUGAAAUAUGUUCUUUGUGCAUUGUGUUUGUACACAGUGAGUAGCUGCAUUCAGAAUAAAAUGCACUAAAAUACUACAAAAGCGCCAAAUAAAACACUAAAUUAAGAAAUUAUUCUUAAGGGUAUACUACUGUAUCAUUCUUUUUCCCAGCAUGUGCCUUAAAAGUUUCAAUUAUGCAGAUGCUGGGUCCUAGUAAAUGCUGCACUGUUACAAGUUAACUGUGAUGGUCAGUAUGUUUAAUUGAACACACUAAACCCUAACUCCUAUAAUUAUUGUAUUAGUACAGUUUUGUGGUGUAUGUUUUGAAAGGAGUGUUUGGAUGCAGCAUCUCCAGGUUUUGUCAAACUGUUAGAGCCGCUUGGCAAAAAACAACAACAGAUCACUCAGCACCCAGACAUCCUCCUCUUCUGUUCAAAUUUUAAAAUCUUCUUUUAGUACACAUUUUGACAGCUAAUGAGGAAUUUUACUAACUCACAUUUGCCCAAUAGAGUGUCAGGAGCCACAUAUAUUUUACACUUGCACACUGUGCCAUUCAUCUCCUGUAUCACCGAGAUUUUUUUGUGUGCUGCAGAGAAUGUCAGACUAAACUGGCAUUGUAGCAUUUAUUAACCACUUCUCAUAGUACAGGUGAACAACUGAGCAGUGACAGCGAUAUAGUCGGCAAAAGCUGGAUGGCCAAUUAUAACAGAGCUCCAGUAUUCCGAACCUCUGAAUCCGCAAAGUAGAUUAUAGCUCUCACCCAAACAUUUGCCAAGACUUGAUCCAGGGUGAAAAUAGUGAACACUUUAUUGAAGAAAGUAUAGGUAUACAGAGACCCCCAGCAUGGGGUCUCCAUUGAAACAUAGUAAGCCUGCCCUGGGAGAGGAUUUUGACAUACUCUGCUUAAAUUAUAUGUCUCCAAUACACGGAUGCGCCUGGCAUAAGUAUACUCUAAAAACACAUUGAAAACAUUAAGAACCCCGACACGUGGUAUCCCUGGUAAGCUCAUUCCCAAGCCUAUAUAUAUAUAUAUUUAUAUAUAAUAUAUUUAAAGGCAUCCUGCCAACACGGCCACUUCAGUGAGACAGAAGUUCCUCAGCAGAAUAUUUUGUUAGCUUUCCUGAGCUCCUCAGCUGAUAACUCUAUGCCAAUGAGCUACGUCCUUUAUUGUAGGGCUUAGCCCAGGAGCACUAACAGGGAGAUGAUAGUUGAGGUGGGGCGCCGUGUAAUGCAAUCCACAGAUAAGAAGUCAGAACCUUCCAAAAUGGUUUAUUUUAACUUAUAUUGUCCUUUACAAAGAAUUAAUAUCAAACAUUUGCUGAUUGAUUAUGGUUUCUUUAGUGAAACCAACUGGAUCCAGUAACAGAUGCAGUGCUACAUUCCAUUGUGCAGCACUAUGGAAUAUGAUUAUGAAAAAUUAGGCAGCAGAAUCAUAUAAUUCAUUCUUUGCAAUGUUUAGAUUGUUUUUGUUUUUUUAGAAAAAUACAAGACAUGGAUUAGCACAGCUAGUCUCCAGUGAAUAAAUCUGUAAUGUUGACCUCUUGCUUCUCUCAUAAUAGCAGAUAAGGUGGAAGCUCUUGGGCAUAGGAAAUGUUUGUUUUGGGUUUUUUUUUAAGCUUUAUUUUUUUUUUUUUGUUCAUUUUUGUUUUGGUUUUUUUUCCCCUCCAGUUGCAAGAUAACAUAGAGCAAGUGUUUUCUAAGUUUGUACAAGAAGGAAAAGCUACAAUUCGAUUGAAAGAGCCUACUGUGGAUAUAUGUCUCAGUAAGGUAAGAUAACAAUAGGUAAACUGCAGGAAACUAACACUCUCAUCUUAUCACUGGCUACCAAGUCAAUACUCUCUUCCACCACAAGGUGGUGGGGGGAGGCAGAGAAGACCGGUGCCUAUGGGACAGCUUUGGGGUUAAACCAUUCGAAAAUUGUUUAACCCCAUAAGAUAACAAAACAUCAAUUGACUCUAGCACCCAUAAAAACAUAUUUGAGAUAAAGUUUUUAUUGGGUUAAAGCCAGCUGGUGGGUGUUCCUUUCAACUGUCUAGGUUCUGUUUUACCAGAAAAAUGAAAAGCUCAGACAUUGUAAGAAUAAUUUCUCUAUCAGAGUUUUGAGGAUGAGAACUGGCUGAGAAAAAAAUUUCAGAAGUCAUGUAAUGUUUAAUUUUAAAUAAGACCCCAGUGAAAGAUUCUAGCUAGAAUGACACUAAACUAAGAUUGGUUAGAAAAUGUAAUGGUAUAAAUCUAGUUGCUUAAUUUAAAAUACACAAGAAAUUCGAUCCUCUUACUGGGUGGUGGAAUACAGCCUGUUUUGCUUGCAUGAAACCUUUACAGGGAACCAUUACUUCUCUAGAAACUGCACUAUAUAUCUUGGUUACAGAACAGAUGUUAAUUUAGUGGUGUGGAUUUGUGCAUUUAAGUGUAUUGUUCAAAACUGUAUACACAAAUUGGGAAAUUAGUAAAGAUAAUGUUAAAUAUUUGUGAUGUGGCUACUUUUUUCUACUUUCGAAAGGAGCAACGUUAAAGGCAACUACUCUGUUAGUUGUAGCCAAACACAUGCGUACAUGUGUGCAUUACACUUAAUUGCCUGGUUAUUGAUAUUUAUUCACUUUCAGCGAGUCUUUAACAUGAUGUAAACUGUAUACUGUGAUAUGUUAUAAUAUUGGUGUUGUAAGGUAAAAAGUAACAUUAUUUUUGCAUUGCAGGCAGAUGGAUGUGUUCUAAAGAAUUUUAUUUCUACAGUGGGACUGGCACAUAAAGGUACAGAUGCCACUGGUGUUUCACUCUCACGUUUGAUACCAGCGAAGACUUCUGAAAUCGAAAAACCAAGAGCCAAGAUGUUUAUUACAUGCAAGAAAGAUUACCCCAUCACGAAGAGCUUUCCUUAUUCCCUGGAACAUCUUCAAGUGUCCUACUGCAAACUUGCUCGGGUAGACAUGCGGAUGCUGUGCUUGAAGAAACUUCAAAAACUAGAUCUUAGCAACAACCAUAUCAGGAAGUUGCCCAAGACGAUAGGAGAUCUUGUGUGUCUCCAGGAGUUGAACCUACAGCAUAACUUCUUGGAGUCUUUUGAGGUGUCCCUGUGCAUCUCCGCUUGGGGAAACACUCUUACGUCAUUAGACUUGAGUGAGAACAAACUCAAGGCCCUUCCUGUCCAGUUUGGGCAGCUCAAGGAACUUAUUAACCUGAAACUUGAUGAAAACGAACUUGUUCAACUGCCAUUCACAAUUGGGAAACUGAGCAAGCUGCGUUUUUUGUCUGCCACCAAAAACAAACUGCCUUAUCUCCCCAGUAGCUUUAAAAUGUUAAACCUUGAGAAGCUAGAUCUGUUUGAUAAUCCAUUUGUGAAAGCAGCACCCAUGGUUCCAGAUAUUCAUCUAAAGAUGCCACUGUCCUUACUGGAAUGUGCUUCAAGAGUAACUAUUAAUUACAGGUAAGAUUUGUCAAUAAAGGUGGAACUGUAUUAUGGUUCCAUUUGACCUGUUUUAUUUAUUCAAAGAUUGGCUGUUAAUUUGAAGUUAUUUUUGUUUUAUUUAGUGUAUAUCCAUAUAAAAUUUUUUGGACAGCCUGGCUCAUAGUCUGAUUUAGAUAUGUGACAUGUAUAUUCCUUAAUAUAUGAGUAUAUGUGAUGGGUACACUAGUGAAGAUUAAGAUAUUAGGAGGAGCACUGGUCUAUGGUGGAGGGGUCAGUGUUCAGAUGCGGUCAGUAAAAGGGUUGCUCUUUUUAGGGUCAAGGUAGACACUUUUGACUAGAUAUAUUUACAAAGUUGUAAGGGCAGCUGAGUAGCUCCAUAAAAGGAGUUUGUUGCAGAAGUAGCAGAUAUAGCAAGCAAAGACAGAAAUCUGCAUGGAGAAGGAUUUGAGGUCGUGGUUAUGGAAGUGAGGGAGUGGAGUGAAGAGGACCAAUGUAAAGUAAAUUGUAAGAUGAGGGAAGAAAUAUUUGAAGGUGUUAAAGGACCACUAUAGUGCCAGGAAAACAUACUUGUUUUCCUGGCGCUAUAGUGCCCUGAGGGUGCCCCCACCCUCAGGGUCCCCCUCCCUCUUGGCUGAAGGGGGUGGAAGGGGUUAAACUUACCUCUUGCAUGGGGACGCUGAAUUUACCUCAUAGAGAUCCACUGAUUCAAUACAUCUCUAUGUUGAGGUGCUGAUUGGCCAAAAGGGCGUUUUGGCCCCACCCCCUUGCCGAUUUCAGCCAAUCCAAUGCUUUCCCCAUUGGAUUGGUUAAAAAUCAGCAAUUCUGAUGAUGUCACCAUGGGUGUGGGGCCAGUGCCGGCAGACCAGCACAUCGCUGGUAAUAAGGUGCAUUUUUCAUGCUUUUAAUGGGCUAUUGCAGGGGGUUGGGGGGGGUGGGGGGGAGGAAGCCACCUUAAUGGUUUUGCACUAUAGGGUCAGGAAUACCCAGGACAUGCUUGAAUACUAGAGAAAUCUCAAUGUAUCUUUCCUGGUAAAAUAUAAUACGUUUAUAAUACAUUUGUGUUCCUGACCUUAUAGUGUUCCUUUAAAGAGGAGAUAUCAGAGAAGUAAAGAAGUCAGAUAAAGGAAGGGAAAUACAAGAGUGAUUACAGAAUUAUCCUGUGUAGUUUCUUUAUCCAGGUGUAUGUAUGGCGCAUGCAUGCACAGCCAGUAAAAAUUGAACAUAAUGUGUAGAAAAUUGGGGGGCAAUGAAUGGUUGAUGGCUGUUUUCUAAUAGGAAUUGUGAUUACCAUAUAUACUCGAGUAUAAGUCGACCCGAAUAUAAGUCAAGACCCCUAAUUGUACCCCAAAAAACUGGGAAAACUUAUUGACUCGAGUAUAAGACUAGGGUGGGAAAUGCAGCAGCUACUGGUAAAUUUCUAACUAAAAUUAGAUCCCCAAAAAAUUAUAUUAAUUGAAUAUUUAUUUACAGUGUGUGUAUAUAAUGAAUGCAGUGUGUGUAUGUGAUGCAGAGCCUUGGUGGGGGGUGGGCAUUUUUAUUAUUUUUAUAUUAUUAUUAUUAUUUUAAUUUUUUUUAUAUUAUUAUUUUUAUUUUGUAUUAUUUACAUUUUUAUGUUUUUGUUUUUUUUCCCAUGAUACAUGACCAGGGAGCCUCAUUCCCUGUGGUCCAGUGGUGUGCACUGUGUAGGAGGGGGCUGGCAGGAAGCGUUUACUUGCCUUUCCUGCUGCUCCUGUCAGCUCCUUUCUCUCUCCUCCGGUCCGGUCAGCUCCACUGCCGCGCGGAGCGUUGCCACGGUAACCUGUGGCAACACCCUGACCCCGCGGCUCUCGCGAGACUUGCAGUGGAGCUGACAGAGGAGCUGACCGGACUGAAGGAGAGAGAAGGGAGCUGACAGGAGCAGUAGGAAAGGCAAGUAAACGCUUCCUGCCAGCCCCCAACAGGACCGCCAGGCUUGUAAUGAGCCCGGCGGUCCUGGUCUGUAUUAUGGCAAUGUAAGUUGCCAUAAUACAGACACUCACUCGAGUAUAAGACGAAUGGGGUUUUUGUAGCACAAAAAAUGUGCAGAAAAACUCGUCUUAUACUCGAGUAUAUACGGUAUUGUCUUUAACCAUCCUAAGAAAAUGCAGUUGUUAGCCAGCUGUACAUCAUGGUAAAUCUAUAGGAAAAACAUCUGGAUUCUCAUGCUGAGCUGCUGUUCUUGGAUAAGCCUAUACCCACUACAAUUCUUGUUUAUUGUGGCUAAAUAUAUUGAUAUGCAUAUUUGUUUUUUUCAGUUAAAAAUCAAUGAAUAUUUCACAUUAACGAACCCCAUGGAAUCGAUGAGAGCCUUAGUUCCACUUCCGUCCACUUAUAGAGACAUAUCAGGUUACAAAGUGAAUAUGGAGAAGUCCAGUGCUUCCCUUUAGAUCUUUUGGCGACGGACGCGGCACACAAUGGCAACACCUAUAAAAUACGCAUGGCACCUAAUCAGAUCAAUUUUUUGGGGGUAAAUCUCACUACUCAUCCAGAGAAGCUCUACUAAGCCCACAUAUUUCUUCAGAUAUAUCCAGAUGUGGGACUUUGCGAGCCUACCCCACAUUAAAAAGGUAGCCUGUACGCAGCCUAGCUACUAUGAAUGAAUAUGCGAUGCUGAGGCAUACCAGAAAGGUUUGAUUAGCACCAUAUGUUCUCACCUCCGCUUCACUACAAUGGACUGGGGUGAAUUAAACUAUACCGAUCGAUGGGAAUGGGAGAUAGGAGAGGUUUUGGAGGGCGUAGAUUGGCAAGAUAGAUGGGAGGCAAAUAGUAAAAUGUCCAUGUGUGUAACAAUGCAGGAACACGCAUUUCAAACAAUGCUCAGAUGGUACACAACACCAGUUAAGCUAUAUCAUAUGCGUAAAACCCCGACUGACCUGUGUUGGGGACUGUGUGGUGGCAGAGGAACAUACCACCAAAUGUGGUGGUGUUGCCUAUUAGUGACACCUUUCUGGAAGGAGGUAGGGACGCAGGCAUCUCAGAUAUUACACAAACACAUUAGCCUUAAUACAUAGGUAUUUCUAUUAUCUAAACAUAUUCACAGUUGGAUGGGAGCAGAGACAGCUGUUCUCCGCAACAUCACAUUAGGGCCUUGGCUCAGACUUGGCUGCAGUCCACUACCCACCUUUGGCCCCAGUGCUCAAUAAACACAAAGAUAACUGUGGUGGUCUGCCAGAAUAUCACUGUCACGGAUGCCCUUUUCCCCACAAAAGUGGCAUCCCUGGAUAGCCUGGAUCUGGGCGGACAAUAUAUCCAAAUAUCACCCAGAUCCGUUCGGUAGUUUUGGAUCGCCAUUGCGGGGAAGUUCUGACCGGUCUGCCACGAGGUUGAAGCGCAAAAUAGUUCCAGGGAAAUUGUGGCAAGAGCCGGUCUCCGUUCGUGGGAUUUUGUAUGAAAACCACAUAAGGUGGAUGAAAGCUGGUUCGUGUAGAAUGCUCCCCGUGUUCGUUAGUCUGUAACUCACUCCCGAACCCCGUUCAUAUAGGUGAACUGGAACGUAUGUCCAUGGUGACCAGCAUUCUCAGGAGUGCCUGGCCAAAAUGAGUUCCAGGCACUCGAAGACCAAGUCCCGCUGCCAGCCUUCGUUAGACAAACUGACCGCCAUCAAUUGUCCCAACCAUGUGCGUUCGCAUGCCCAAAAUGGCGGCCACCCAGUGGAGCAUUCUAUUAUGUAUCUUGUACGAAAACCUCAAAGGAAAUAACGUUCCACGUUCUAAUUGGUCUUUGGGGUGGUCUUGGUUCUGAAACCAAAUAAACUAAAUAAACGUAAGCACGAAUCCAAACAAACAAAAGGAGCCGAAAGUGUUAUUCCUUCACAAUAACUAUUUAAUGAAAAACAAUUAACAGCGCGCAUAUGAGGUACAAUAUCUUUAUCUUUAUGGCCCCCACCCACCCCCCGGUAGAUUCUCCCCCCCCCCUUCAUUAUCUUUAUGGCCCCCACCCACCACGCAGGGGUGGGGGACUGUGGGGGGGAGGACAGUAGGUCCCCCCUCAUUAUCUUUAUGGCUCCCGGACGGGGGGAGGACUGUAGGUCGUCCCUCCCUCAUUAUCUUUAUGGCCCCCACCCACCGCUCAGUGGGGUGGACAUUAGGUCCCCCCCUUAUUCUAAUUUAAGGCCCCCACCCACCGCUCAGGGGUGAGGGCCACGGAGGAGGACAUUAGGUACCCCCCCUUAUUCUAAUUUAGGGCCCCCACCCACCGCUCAGGGGUGGGGGAAAGGGGGGAGGACAUUAGGUGCCCCUCCCUUAUUAGUAUUUAGGGCCCCCACCCACCGUACAGGGGUGAGGGCCAGGGGGAGGACAAUAGGUGUCCCCUCCUCCCCCCCUUAUUUUUAUUUAGGGCCCCCUGCACGGUGGGUGGGGGCCCUAAAUACUAAUAAGGGAGGGGCACCGGGGUGGGGGCUAGAUAGUAGGUUUUUUUGUUUUUUUACAGUGAGCAGCCACAGGCUGCUCACUGUUUAGUAGACAUGCCCCUACUCGCGGUAUAGCAAGUAAGGGCAUCGGGGAGAUUUUAAUCUCCCUUAUCCUAUUACGGGGGUCAUAUUGACCCCCAUAGAGUAAGGGAGGACAUGGGGGGUUUAGGAAGUGGUGGGGAGCACUGCUCCUUGCCGCUUCUAUCUUUACAUAUUACAAGGAGGGAGUUGCAUGCCGGUAGCUCCCUCCUUGUAAUAAACUGCACGAACAAACGAACACUAAUAUUCAGUGUUAGUUUGUUCGUCUGAAAUUCCUAGUCAUUCAUUCGUCUAUCUGACGAAUGAAUAGAUGAAAUUCCUGUUUGCAUGCCCACGUGUUUAACAGGGACUUCCUCUACCCACCCAAAGAUGGCGGCGCCCUGAAUAUAGAUCGGAGCAGAAAAUAAAGAUUUAAAAAUAGGUAAUAUGCGGGGUUUAGGGGCAUUUGGGGGUGACUAGGGGGUCAGAUGUAGAGGAGUCGGGAGGGGGGGUUAAACAAAAAACGGGAUUCGGCCAUGACAGUGUUAUAUAUAACUUUCUCAAUGUACAGACACCUACACUCGUACGACUAGAAUUCACUUUUAACCCCUUAAGGACCAAACCUGGAAUAAAAGGGAAUCAUGACAUGUCAUGUGUUCUUAAGGGGUUAAUGUCCAUUGCCAAACACUCACCAAGUACUGAUGAUCAAGGUAUACCUAUCGCAACUAUGUUAUGUCUGUUGUUGUAUUCCAACAAUGUAACAUAUUCAACAGUCAAUUUCCAUGUUACUGAAGAAUGUAAUGUUUCAUUUGAAGAUUCCGCCACAAGUGGCAGAAAUAAUAGUUAAAUAAAAUUAAAAAUUCAAUAAAUAUUUGAAAUCUUUUAGUUGCUAGUUCAGAUAAAAAUGACGUGACUCUGAAAAUUAUGAAAUAAGCUAUAUGUUUUUACAAUUCCUAUAGUCUUUAAAAAGUGUUAUAUUUUUCUCUGUUCUUUUCCAGGAUUCCGCACAGUCCUCAUAUCCUUCCAGUUACACUCUGUCAAGAACUCUCCAUGGCAAAAACCUGUAACUGUGGCCGACCCUGCCUGAAUUCUUUCAUUAAAGUGAUUGUUCUAAUGAACCUUCAUCAGGUGUCGCAGACAGUGGUUCUUGUGGACACUAUGGGAGGUACAGACGCUCCAAUCAUCUGCUACUUCUGUUCUCUCACCUGUUACUCGCAAUUUCUUGACAAAUAUCUGCAAAGUUCGAGGAUUUAAGAUAAACCCAGAACAUUUUGGUUAUACAAAUUUUCAGUUUCUGCUUUGCUUCCAUCUAGUAGAGGACAUACAAGAUUUACAGUGUAAUUCACUAAAUGAGAAUCCAAGGUGUAUGCAAAGUGACCUUUAAAGUUGAGGUCAAAAUAGCUGAACUAGAAAAAUUCUCUAGUUCAGCUACUCUGGCCUUAAAGUUGAAAUUCACUCUGAAUUCACUUUGAAUUCUCACUGUACUAAAUAACUCUGUUAAUGUCUGUGUGUGAAACCAUGGGGCACUUUGCCUGUGUUUCAUUUGUCUGGAUAAACAGGUGCAUUAUAAAGGAUUUGCAGAUGCUGAGAUUGCUUCAUUCGAUAGUGAAUUCUACAUAGUCUUAGAUACUGUUAUCUUGUUAGAGGGAAAACACACACUUACAAGAUAAUUUACUAAAGUGAGAAUUGUCAGGAAAUCGUAGUGAAUUUCAAAUUUAGAUAAGCUGAAAAGGAAGGAUAGCUGACAUCAGCAAUGUUUCUAGUUUGGCCAUUCUGGACUCAAAUUUAAACUUCAAUUCUCACUUGAUUCUGACUAAAUAACAGUGUUACACAUCUAUGCGCUAAACAGUGAACUGUAUUGUGUUGACCACAGAUCUGUGAACCUUAAAGCCAAAUAGGUUAGGAAAACUAAUAUUUAAACUGUCACGUUUCUAGACGUGAUUUACUCUUAUUCACUUUCCACAGUAAAAUGCUACUGAAAUGUUUACCAGAGUGAGCAGGGCAGCACAGUUAAUUAAAAAACAAAAAAUAAAAAUAAAACUCUCCUGGUGCUUUGUGCCCAUGGGUAUCUGGAAAUAAAAUAUCCUGUGAGUGCCAGACACUCCUGGUUAAUUUGCAUGGUAUGUUUUGACUGUGCCAGGACAGCUGACAAUUCUCAGUCAAUGUAUACGGUCUAAACCUGGUACUCCUGGUAAACCUUUAAUCAAAAAAACUCCGAACUGGAAUGUGCAUGCCUGACAUAGCAAGGUAGGUAUCAAUACAUUCAAAAUAAUUUGAAAGUUAACCGUUGAAUGGCUUCCAGUGGCCCCGGGCACCAAAUGCCACGAUGUUGUACUGUAGUGGUUAUGGUGCUUGAAGUAUUCCUUUAACAAAAAUAGCAACAGGUUGCUAUUUUCAUAUGACAUUUCCACAGUUUUGGUUAAAUGUUUCAAGCUGAGUAACAGAAUUUUAAUAUUCUUGAUUACCAAGUGAGUGUAAUGAUGUAGUAAAUAAUAUUUAUUAUUAGUAGAACUUUGCUGUUUAGGUGAAUUGUACUGUGUACAACAUUUUAAAUUAAAACCCUUUGCAGGAAUUGCAGUGGCAGCAACAAAGUCACAAAAGUCUGCAUAAAGCACAGCGUGGAAAGCUACUCAUGAUUAGAUCAUUAAAGCAGUUUUGUCACUUUAGUCUCCGACACUGCCCUAGCCUUUCUUGUGGUCCCCCUAGCCUACCUAACCCAGCCAAUGCUUAGUGAAGAUCCCAGGGACUACUGCUACUUACCAUUUUAGCGUCUUGACUGUCCCGCCAUGCACGGCACCUCCAUCUUGUUACAUAUACUAUUGUAACAAGAUGGCGCCUCUGCCCUCUCUAGCACAUGCAUGACCAGUUCGUCCAGACUGUUUGAGCCUCAUCGAUAGCAGAAGGUGACACGAUGCUGGAACGGUGUACGAAAUGGCAACCAAUGAUGUUGACAAAUAAAGUGGAUUUUGAUGACAGCUCCACCUUUUGUCAACCUGCCAUUUCUGAAUAAGGAAAAGUAGCCCCUAUUCUAUUCUAUAAAACACCAUUUCAGCAGGGGUAGGGACUAGGCUACUCAGACGGCAUAGUGGAGGGCUACAAAUUUAAUAAAAAAGUGUCAGAGCCACUAUAAAUAUAACUCUUCUAAUAUUUGCUUGCUGUGAAAUAUUUUUCCCUCAGGCAGGAUAAACUAAAUUCAUUCCAGGUUUCCUUUAACCUGACUGCACAAAGGCAAUAAUAUAAUAGUUAAUAUACUGGAACUGUAAGAGGUGUUAUCAUCCCUUUAAAUAAUAUACCUUGCUUAUGCAGCCAGGUGGCAGCAUAGGGGUGCGGUGUGUGUGUGUGUGUUUUUUUUUUCUUCUUCUUUCUUUCUCUCUCUAUGAAUGAAAAAGGAUACAUUCUCAUAUCAGAAUUUCAGUGUUGAGGCUGUUGUAGGCUUUUACUGUUUAAUGCAUAAUACUUUGUACUCCACUAAAUGCUUUAAUUUUAUGCAUGUUUUAAUAGGUAAAAUGUUAGGUUUUUUUAAGUCUAAUUUUAAUAAAGUUUAAUUUAUAUUAAACAUGGUGCCUGGAGUCUGUAUGUGAAGCGUUUUGCUUUGAAAUGCUGCAGAUAAAGAGUUUAACCCCUUAAGUACGGAGUCAAAUGUACACAUUCUGAUCAAAACAAAACCUGGAAUUUGCGCUAUAUGUCUGUUCAACCAAAAACUUUGAG